AUGAUGAAGUUUGUUGUAUUUACCCUUUUGGCUUUGUUUAUCCCUGGUCUCGAUGCUGCUGCUGGGAAAUUAAACUUGAAGGAAUUGGGAUUUGCCCUUUACGGGAAACACGGUGAAGGUACUACAGCCGGAAAAAGCACCUGUCCCCUUGGUGCUCUUCCAGACAGCGUUUUCCUUCACAAGACAUUUAAGAAGGGUGAUGCUUUCUUCACAUGGGUUAGACCAGUCCAUAAUAAGGUAAAUGAAGUUGUCUGUGGAGACCAUGAAGUAUGGAAAGCAGCUGAUGGCGAAGUGCUCUUGGACUUGCACUUCGUUGGUAAACCAACAGCAGCCGAUAAGAAGUUUGUACAUUUGGAACUCCUUCACAAAUUGGGAGGUGUAUUUCACGUGUUCCUUUUAUUCGAUGGCACCGCCGCUGCAAAGGUAGUUGGAAUGUCUAGAUUCGUUGCUGGUGUUCACGGUUUAGUACCAGAACUUCAUUCACUUGAAGGUCUUCCAGCACACCAUCUCGUACAUGAACUAGCACUUCAUGCUGCAGCUGCCUAA